CUUCGGCGGACGCUUGUUCCCAUAGUCAAAUUAUUGAAGGAACAUUUGGAGAAAUCUGGAUGCAGCAUUGGGGAUAAGUUCAUCAAGCCCGUUCAUUGUGACAAGCAUAUCAGUGGCGGUUACGUCCGGGCCGAGGGGAUAGUGGUAUGUAGUAAUCACAUGAACAUUCAAGAUGAGGUCAAUAAAGUUGUUAUUUAUGAGCUCAUUCAUGCAUAUGAUGACUGUCGUGCUGCAAACUUGGACUGUUAUAAUUGUGCUCAUCGUGCCUGUAGCGAGAUUCGUGCUGGUCAUCUAAGUGGUGAUUGCCACUACAAGCGGGAAUUGUUGCGGGGUUUUGUGAAGAUAAGAGGUCAUGAGCAGUGGGAUUGA